GGUCCAAGUGAACAGACAGCCCUCGAUACAGACUCACCAGGAGCUCGGCCAGCGCGACGGAGAGCAGCAGUCAAGUACACGAUACCAGACGAUUCGGACGAAGAAGAACCAGUUGCCCGAGUCAAAGCAAGGUCACGGCAAGAUGUACAGCCGGCGACGAGAACCAAAAAGACUCAAAUCCGACUCACUCCUCUGCAAUCGCUGGGAAGUCUGAGCGACUUGACCAUCCAGGACGAUAAUCCAGAAAAGACUAGAAGAAGAUCUCCUCUCAAGCAGAGCUCGCGACAGUUACUCCGGAAACAGGAAUCGAAGUCCGGCCUGUCUUUGUCGCCUGAGAGAUCUCAGGCAUCACAGCCUGAUGGAGGCCUGCUUGUUCAAAACGACGUACCAGAUCAGGAGGAUGCCCCUGAGGGCGAGGUUGAUAUCGAAGAGAGCAUUUGGUGUGGUUCAGAUACGGAGGGUUCAUCUUCCGAAGAUGAGCUGCCCAGCCCCAGCACAUUCUUUCCUACGAGACGGAAGCAAAUAGAGCACGAACAGCCUGAUUUGGCGACACAACUGGAAGCGCUGAGUAUAUUCGAUCGAGAUUCGCCUCCGUUACCCGCGCCGCGACAUACGACGAUCAAAAAGCCAAGGGCGGUAAUUCCAAUUGCCAGUUCGUCAGACAAGGAAAAUCAAGACGCCAUCACUCGUCCCUCUCCGCCUCGGCGUAAGAAGCCAGUCAUGCGAGAAGUGCUGGAGCGUCCUUCCACCCCACCACCAUCACCGCCACGCUCGCCAUCAAAGCUCAAAUCCCCUUCCAAACGAGCACCGCGUGUUCCGACUCCACCUGGACGCCCUAGUCUCGAAGCCUUCUGGACGGCAGACACAGUGAACGACUGGAACGAUCAAUACUCUCCUCAGAAACCCCUGCGCUCACCCACCAAGCUUUUCAACAACAACAUCUCUCCCAUCAAGAACACUUUUGACGACACACCCAUCCCAUCUCCCGCCAAACUGCGCAGCAGUCCCACCAAGCGCUCCAAAGCAGCAGCAGCAGCCGAACUCCAGGCACGUAAAGACUGGGACACGCGCAAAGUUCUCCUCGCAGAAUCCUUCCUCCUCGAACUCGACCAAUCGCUCACUCAGGGCCAAAUCGCCCGUCUCGCCGCUUCCACCGGCGGCGUCAAAAUCAUCUGGUCCAAGACUUUGAACAGUACAGCAGGAAGAGCAAAUUGGAGAAGAGAAACGACCAAAUCCCACUCGCGAUCCGAUCCCUCUAAACCUCCUCUUAUCGAACAUAAGCAUUUCGCUUCCAUUGAACUCGCGGAAAAAGUUCUCACGUACACUCCACCUCCUCCUCCCACUGAUGAUAACGACAACGACGACGACGAUGGGAACUAUCAACAACAACAACAAGACCCCAACGAAACCAAACUCCUCAACAUCCUCGCCCACGAAUUCUGCCACUUGGCCAAUUUUAUGAUUUCCCAAAUUUCCACGCAUCCGCACGGCGCAAGUUUUCGUGCUUGGGGUAAUAAAUGCUCUGCACUCUUUGGAGCCACGAGGGGAAUUCAAGUUACGACGAAACAUUCGUAUGAGAUUGAUUACAAGUUUGUGUGGAGGUGUGUUUCGAAUCUUUGUGAUGACGGGAGAGAAGGGCAAGGGGAGGAAGGGGGUUGUGGAACGGAAUAUAAACGACAUAGUCGAUCGGUGGAUCCGAAGAGGCAUCGGUGUGGG